CCCACUGCUCUACCUCCACCCUCUCUCUUAUUAAAAAAAGGUAAAGAGAGAAUGACGUUAUUGUUUCCUCCCGCCCCCCUGGCGGAAGCCCGUUUUUCUACUCCCACAACCGUAGACGGAACAUCCGGGACGCGCGCUGUAACUAGGCAACCGCUCCAAGCUUCCCUUUAGCGGUCUCUUUAAAGGCUAGUCGAACGCCUAUGCCAUGGAUGCCCGCUCUCGACUUUGAACGUGGGCCCAGUCGACUCCCCUCCGUCCUCCUUGCACCCUAUGACAAGCCCCUCCUUUGCUCUCCCGUCUGGGAGGCGAGCUUUGAGUUUGCCGCCGUUCGACGGAAAUUCGUUCCAACCCCGCCCAGGAGUCGUGCUCGGGGCUCGGCUCAUGUGAUCUGGAGCGCGCGGGUUUUGACGGACUACCGCCGGCGUAAAAAGGGGAACCCGCCGCUGCCGCGCCGAAGAGAGUUUGAUGGCGUCAGCGCUGGAGGAUCCCAUCUUGCUACGUCAUUUUAAAGGCCACAGAGAUGCAGUCACCUGUGUUGCCUUCAGUCCAACUACUAGAAUACUUGCCACCUCUUCUUUGGAUAGGUUUCUUAUGAUAUGGAAUUUGAGACCAAAUUCAAAAGCUUUCAGAUUUGUGGGUCACAUGGAACCUGUAACCAGUGUACAGUUUUCACCAGAUGGAAGCUUGGUGGCAUCUGCUUCUCAAGACAGGACAGUCAGGCUAUGGAUUCCUUGUAUUCAUGGUGAAUCCACACCAUUAAAAGGCCAUACUGCAUCCGUCCGCAGUGUGAACUUCUCACAGGACAGCCAAUUUCUAGUUACUGCAUCCAAUGACAAGUCAGUAAAAGUGUGGAGUAUUUACAGUCAACGCCAACUAUUUUCCUUAUCCCAGCACACUCAUUGGGUGCGCUGUGCCAAAUACUCACCCGAUGGAAGAUUAAUAGUAUCUUGUAGUGAAGAUAAAACUAUUAAAGUCUGGGAUAUAAGAAACAAAACAUGCAUUGAUAACAUAAUAGAUCAUGAUGGAUUUGCAAACUAUGUGGAUUUCAGUCCUGAUGGUACAUGUAUAGUUUCUGCAGGUUCUGAUUACACAGUGAAGCUCUGGGAUAUUCGAACGAACAAAUUAUUGCAACGUCACAAUGUUCACAGAGGUGCCGUUAACUGCACAUCUUUCCAUCCUUCCGGUAACUAUCUCAUCUCAGCAUCUAAUGAUGGUACCCUUAAGAUUAUGGAUCUUUUAGAAGGAAGACUCUUGUACACACUUCAUGGGCAUGAGGGACCUGUCUUCACUGUAGCCUUUUCGAAAGGUGGGGAAACAUUUGCCUCUGGUGGUGCAGAUAUACAGGUGCUGCUGUGGAAGACAAACUUUGAUUUAUUUGAGUAUAAGAAAGUGCUUCAAAAGCAUAUGCGAAGAAUACAUUCUGAUGAGCCACCUCACCUUCUUGAUAUUUACCCACGGUCACCUCAUCGUCAUGAUGCAAAACCACCAUCAGUAGAGAUAAAUCCCAACUAUGAUGUAACUGAUAUGCAAACACUUGACCCUCCUGUCAUAAAUAUUAGCUCCUCAUCUAUCAUUUCUCAGGGAAAUGAAGAGAAGACAGGAAGGAAGCUGUGAGAAGGGGCUAAAGAGGGAGCUUUUAAAGGUGCUUUUGAACAAGAAGCUCUGGUCAGAACUCCAGACCAAUAAGGAGGGAGAUACAGCAUCAUCAUUCAGACUAUUCCCUGCUGGAUCUAGCUGUAAGAUGUUCCCUGAGAAAUGUACACAUAUGGUCAAAAGAGAUGUGUUGCAAAUUAAACUUGGCUCAUUUGUAUUUUGAAUGUAAAUAGUGGGAAUGCUUUGGUGAUUUCAAGCUAUUUGUCCUUCUCAUUUUAUGAGCUUCCUGCUGCAGCUGUUUACAGAGACACUGAAGACCCAUCUUUAGUACAUUCUUUAUACCUCCCCCUGUAGAACUUGUAUUGUUAUUUUUGUCACUUGUGGUUUCCCUUAGAAUAUUUGUAGUUUAUGAAAGCAGUUGUAUAUGCUCCUUCCUGAAGGGUUUAUAUUUAGGGUUUACUUCCUGGCAGGGAAUUUCUCACCUUUUGGGGAGCCCAGAGCCUUUGAUCACUUUAGUUUCUGGUGGUGUACUUUUUCUUUUUUAACCACACCUAUUUUGCUGAUAGGUGAAAACUGAACCGUAUACCAUUGCCUGCUUCUGUUUAAUUUAAAUAUAGUGUAUGAAAAUGUAA